AUGGACUAUUACAAGAUCCUAGGUAUCUCCCAAGAUGCUUCAAUGGAAGAUAUUAAAAGAGCUUACCGAAAAAUGGCACUUAGAUACCAUCCAGAUAAAAAUAAAUCAUCGGAUGCAGAGGAAAGGUUUAAAGCCAUCUCGCAAGCUUAUGAAAUAUUGAGCGAUGUGAAAAAGCGGGAGUGUUACGAUCAACAUGUGAAAGGUAAAAUGAAGGAUGAGGAGGUACCUAAGGAGGGUAAUAAUAAAACUCGCUUCACAUAUACCUCUACUAGCGAUCCCAAAACUCGCUUUACAUAUACCUCUACUACUAGCAAUCCCAAAACUCGCUUUACAUAUACCUCUACUACUAGCGAUCCCAAAACUCGCUUUACAUAUACAUCUACCACUACUACUAAUAGCGGUCCAAUGGACGACAUUUUCCAUCAGUUCUUCGGCACCCACGGUAAUUUUAAUCACUUCUUUAAUAACUCUGACGACGACGAUGAUGAUGAUGAUGAUGAUGAUAUUCAUAUGAUGUGGAGAGGCAUUGGUAGGCAUCGAAUGGGAGGUUUCAACUGUAAUCACAAACACUAUCACAGGGGGGGAAGGCAUCAUCAUCAUCAUCAUCAUCAUCAUCAUCAUCAUCAUCAGGAUCCUCCAAUCUACCGGGACCUGUACGUGACUCUCGAAGAAAUAGCUCAAGGAGUGAUCAAAAAGAUGAAAAUCACGCGGAGUGUGUUUAGCGAUGAUGAAAAUAUACCACCAAGAGAGAAGAGAAAAUAUUGA